UUUAAUCAAAACAAUAUGAUGAUAAGAUCAUUUUGGACUCGAUGCUUCAGUGUCUGUGACUCGGAUGAGAGUAUUUAUUAAAUUAAUUAAUUAAUUCAUUAAUACUUAAUAGAUUAUUAUAUUAUACUACUGUAGUAUUUAGUAAUUCUCUUCACUUCACUCUCUCAUCAGAUCAAAACCCAAUUAAUCAAUCAACCAUGGCUACCUUGCAGUUUCUACUCAAGAAAGCAACCAAAUCUAACCGUUCCGAUUCACUCACCGCCACAUGCAAAGCUUUCUCUUCUCUCCGAUCUUCAUCCUCCUCCGCCACCGCCGCUCAAAACAUCACUACACCACCACAGAUUCCACCGUUCGAUCACCAACCUCAUCCGUAUAAUGGACCAUCCGCCGAUCAAGUUUUCGCCAAACGCAAAACAUUCCUCGGUCCUUCCGUAUUCCAUUUCUAUCAAAAACCCUUGAAUAUUGUGGAAGGGAAGAUGCAAUAUCUGUAUGAUGAGACUGGAAGGCGAUACCUUGAUGCGUUUGCUGGAAUAGUAACUGUUUCUGCUGGACAUUGUCAUCCUGAAAUUUUAAAGGCAAUCUUUGAUCAGAGUAAACUUUUACAACAUGCAACUACUAUUUAUCUACAUCAUGCUAUAGGUGAUUUUGCCGAGGCGUUAGCAUCGAAAAUGCCUGGAAAUCUUAAAAUUGUAUAUUUUGUAAAUUCUGGUUCUGAAGCGAAUGAAUUGGCAACGCUGAUGGCCAGAUUGUAUACUGGUAAUCUUGGUAUGAUUUCUUUAAGAAAUGCAUAUCAUGGAGGAAGUUCUAGUACAAUGGGUCUCACUGCUCUUAAUACCUGGAAAUACCCAAUACCAGAGGGUGAAAUUCAUCAUGUUAUGAAUCCAGAUCCAUACCGUGGACGCUUUGGCGCAGAUACCAACAGUUAUGUCAAUGAUUUCCAAGACCAUAUUGACUAUGGCACUUCAGGAAGAGUUGCUGGAUUUAUAGCUGAAACAAUUCAGGGGGUUGGAGGAGCAGUUGAACUCGCACCUGGUUAUUUAAAAAGUGUCUAUGACAUCGUACACAAGGCUGGUGGUGUCUGCAUUGCAGAUGAAGUACAAACUGGGUUUGGUCGCACAGGAAGCCAUUAUUGGGGAUUCGAGACACAAGGUGUUAUUCCUGAUAUAGUUACCAUGGCGAAGGGUAUUGGCAACGGUUUGCCAUUAGGAGCUGUGGUUACUACUCCAGAAAUUGCAAGUGUGUUGGCCCAGAAGAUUCAAUUUAAUACGUUUGGUGGGAACCCUGUAUGUUCUGCUGGAGGACUUGCAGUGCUCAAAGUUCUUGAUAAGGAGAAGCGUCAAGCUCAUUGCGCUGAUGUUGGUUCUCACUUGCUUGAGCGUUUGAGAUCACUUCAGCAACGACAUGACAUCAUUGGUGAUGUGAGGGGAAGAGGCUUAAUGGUCGGGGUAGAAUUUGUUACCGACCAAAAAAACAAGACGCCUGCAAAGGCUGAAACUGCUGUCUUGUUCGAAAAACUCAGAGAACUCGGUAUUCUUAUUGGGAAAGGAGGACUGCAUGGAAAUGUUUUCAGAAUUAAGCCACCAAUGUGUUUCACUAAAGAUGAUGCAGAUUUUCUCGUGGAUGCCUUGGACUAUUCUAUUACAAAUUUAUGAAAUGACUAUGCAUCCUGCUAGCAGCUAGCAUCAAAUUGCUACAAGGCAAUAUCAUUUGUAACAAUAGCGGAGCCAUAAUUUUCUGUUUAGGGGAACCAUGAAUAAAUUUAGAGUUAAAUUUAUUUUAAGUUUCUAUUGAA